AUGGGUCAGACACUGUCCGAGCCCGUCGUCGACAAGAAAUCAGAGUCCGGCGAUGGCGAGCACUUCAUCUUCGGCACCUCCUCGAUGCAGGGCUGGCGCAUCAGCAUGGAGGAUGCCCACGCCUGCAUCCUCGACCUGCAGGCCGCCGUCGGUGGCGGCAAGGCCACCGAGGCUGACAAGCGACUGGCCUUCUUCGGCGUAUACGAUGGUCACGGCGGCGACAAGGUCGCCAUCUACACCGGCGAGCACCUGCACGAGAUCGUAGCAAAGCAGGAGGCGUUCAAGGAGGGCGACAUGAAGAAGGCGCUCCAGGACGGCUUUCUCGCCACUGACCGCGCCAUCUUGAGCGAUCCCAGAUACGAGGACGAGGUCUCCGGUUGCACAGCGUCCGUUGGCAUUCUCUCAAAGGACAAGAUCUACGUCGCCAACUCCGGUGACUCCCGUACAGUCUUGGGCGUCAAGGGCCGCGCAAAGCCGCUCUCUUUCGACCACAAGCCCCAGAACGAGGCCGAGAAGGCACGCAUCCAGGCCGCAGGAGGCUUCGUCGACUUCGGGCGCGUCAACGGCAACCUCGCCCUGUCCCGCGCGAUAGGCGACUUCGAGUUCAAGAAGAGCGCCGACCUGCCCCCCGAGCAGCAGAUCGUCACCGCGUUCCCCGACGUCGAGACACACGAGAUCAACGCGGACGACGAAUUCCUCGUUGUAGCAUGUGACGGCAUCUGGGACGUCCAGUCCUCUCAGGCCGUCAUCGAGUUCGUCAGGCGCGGAAUUGUGGCAAAGCAGGACCUUGCGUCCAUCUGCGAGAACAUGAUGGACAACUGCUUGGCGUCGAACAGCGACACCGGGGGUGUGGGCUGCGAUAACAUGACCAUUACCAUCAUCGGUCUGCUCCAGGGCCGCACCAAGGAGCAGUGGUACGAGGACAUCGCAAAGAGGGUGGCAAACGGAGAGGGCCCAUGUGCGCCGCCAGAGUACGCCGAGUUCCGCGGCCCGGGAAAUCACCACCGCAUUGACGAUAGCCCCGAUGAGCAUGACAUGGAUGACCAUCAAUUCAGACCUUCCGGUACGGGUGGCCGCAUCAUUCUCUUAGGCGAUGGCACUGAAAUUGAGACCGGCGGCGCAGACAACGAAAUGUUCGACAACGACGACGAGGAGAAAGACCUCGACUCCCAGGUCAGCAAGUCCAGCAAAACCGACACCAACCGCGAGGGCACCCCCGGGCCUGGCGCCACCGAAGUCACUGAGUCGCCCUCGUCCGUCGCGACCGAAAAGUCCGACGACAAGGACACGGCCGGCGAGAAGAAGAAGCUGGAAACAUCCGCGCGCGAGAAAUAG